AUGGCCUACCACGCUAAUCCCGGGCAUCAGCCAGACAAAGAUGCAUUCAAAGUACCCCAAAACAAAUGCAAGCACGUUCGAAAACGUCACUUGGCAGCCGCGGAAUCUGUAGCGAUCAAAAUCAUGAACCCACCACUGUGCAAACAGGGGGAGAUGGUUGCCGUGCUCCAGUUGCCUUGGUCCCAACCAAACCUACGUGAUGAUCCGAACCAUGACCUCAGUCAUGUCGUGAUAACGCCACAUGGCGUGACAAUUUUUACCUAA